AUGGUCAUUCUAAGCUUAUCUUUCUCUGACCAUCGACAGGCGCGGUCUCCGGGUUUGUCUCAAGCAUAUCCCUCCAACCACGUAAUCGACCUCUUGAAAACGCGCUUGCAGCAAGGCGAUGGCUCGGUGCACGGAGUUAGCCGCGGGGGAACAAUUCUUGAAACGGCGCGCGACAUUGUCCGAAAGAACGGGCUACCUGGUCUAUGGCGCGGAACAACUGCCACCUUGUUACGAAAUGUGCCCGGUGUCGCGCUUUACUUCACCGGCCUGAAUCACGCCCGCAUGCUCCUCGCCACCUCUCCUUACUUCGCUGCCGCCGCUCCUGACCCCGCACGCACGCACUCCGGCUCGGUCCUCCCUAAGCUCACAAAAUGGGGUAACCUCAUAGCGGGUGCCACCACCCGCGUGACAGUGGGCAUCUUACUGAACCCGUUCACAGUGCUGAAAGCGCGGUAUGAGAGCAAUCUGUACGCGUACAAUAGCAUGACGGGGGCCAUCGGCUCCUUGGUGCGCGCGGGCCCGUCCGAGCUCUUUCGGGGAAUUGUCGCCACGUCCGUCCGCGACGCACCAUAUGCAGGGCUGUUCGUCUUGUCGUACGAACACAUCAAAGGCGAAGCAGUUCGUCUCGUACAACCACAGUCGUCCAUGGCUUCUACUGCAGUUCAUGGCGUUGCUGCGGCGUCUGCUGGUGUCGUAGCUAGUCUUGCCACACAUCCCUUCGACGUCGUGAAGACUAAAAUGCAGGUCCGAGCCGAAGACCGCUAUCACGGAGUUAUCAAGACCGUAUGGACUAUCUUCCAGCAACGGGGUAUCCGUGGAUUCUAUGACGGCGCAGUCCUACGCAUCGUACGCAAGCCCGCCAACUCAGCAAUCGCUUGGGCGACAUAUGAAGGUGUACUCAUGUUCAUGCGGACACAGGAACGAUAA